AUGGACGACUCCUGGGGAGAAAUGGACCGUCUCUACUUUGCCACCAUCACCGCGAAUACUCCCAUCACCGCACCUCCCUCGCGGUCCCUGGAAAAGUCCAAUGAGAACCAGGUCCAAGCGGCUGAAUCCCAGGAGAUGGACCGGGAAGAGUCCCGGGAGGAAUCACAAGAGAAGGACGACAGUCCGAGCGAGAGACCAAGACCGAGAGACAAGGAUAUCCAGCGCGAGGUCACCACGUUGGAGGCUGCGGGCAAGCACACACAUCUGAUCAAGUACUUUGGGACCGUCGAGGACCCUAGCAGUCCGUGCCUGUUGUUUGAACUAUACCUGUCAAGAAACUUGAAUAGCCUCCUCAGCAAUCGCGGGGCCAUCAACGAGGAGGAGACUCGGUAUUUCAGCGCUGAGAUCGCAAUUAGAUUGACCCACUUGCAUGACCGAGGUUUGAUCCAUUGCGAUCUUAAACCUGAAAACAUCUUCUUCGCCUCCAGUAUGCGUGUCCGUAUUGGCAAUUUGGGUUUGGCUGAGAGAUUCGAUCUGGAACGCAGCGCGGUGAUAGAGUUGGGACUGAUGGAGGAGGCUUGGCUGACCAAGAGAAAGGAGAAGCACCCCGAGAAGCCGGAAACACUCUUGCAUAUGGACGAGCGCAAGCUGAAUCUGAACGCCAAGGACCUGGUCAGGCUUAUGCUGGAGUUUGAUCCAAAGAAGCGGCAGCAGCUGAAGAACUUGUACCUUCAAAAGGUUUUCAAGUUUGGAUACUCCCCCACCGUUCUAAACGAGGACUUAUUAUGGGCGUGCCUGACCUGGAAAGCGCAAUGCGAUCCCGUCGAAAUCGGAGCAUGGGGGUCAAUACGAAGGCCAAGUUGGACCCCUAUUUCGACCUCGCGAUCAAGUUAA